AUGGCGAAACCAACUUCCAGGCGGUUCAUCUACAAGAUCGUUGACGGCCUAGAGAUUGAUGUUGACGUCUACCUGCCCUCUUCUUCGCCGGGGAAACAGAAAACAGGCCAUCCUGUAAUCGUUGACAUCCAUGGCGGUGCCUUUAUGCUCGGAUCAUCCGCGAUGGUCAACAAGGACCAGGUUGAGGACUGUCUGAACCGAUCAUGGAUCGUGCUGGCGCCAAAUCAUCGGUUGUGUCCCGGAGUUGAUCUUCUGAAGGGUCCGAUGCAAGACUGCCGUGAUCUGCUGGCUUGGAUAUACGACGGUAGCUUUCAGAAAGCUCUCUCCACCGGAGAAGAAUGUAAACAUCGAGUCGACCUUGAUCAUGUGUUUGCUUUUGGGACGUCGUCGGGUGGAACCUUAGCCCUCAGUCUUGGUUUCGAUGUGCCUCGUCCAGUUGCAGGUAUAUUCGACAUGUACGGGCCCUGCAACUUCUCGGACCCCUUUUGGGAGACUCCACUACCGCACGUACAGGCGCGUCUCCCAGCAAAGCCAAUAGAUGAUUGCAAGUCCAAAGUCUUUGCAGAGUUUCCUGUGCCCAUUGUCGGCGGUGUCUCGCUCGAAGGCCAGACCAACCCCGGCGGGCCCAAUUUUGCUGACCCGCGCGUUACAUUCGCAUUGACGCAGAUCGCCAACGGCAAAGUCAUGAGCGCCGUGUUUCCAUCAAGAGACUGGGACGAGGUCGACCCAUUGCUCAACGUGGCCAAGGCCGGCUCGCGGUUUCCGCCGACCUUCAUCGUCCAUGGGGCCGCCGACACCAUGGUGCCGAUCAGUCUGAGCCGGGAUCUAUACGCAGCGCUCCGCAAGGCGGGCGUUAAAUGCGGCAUGACCGAGGUGCCUGAUGAGGAGCACACGUUUGCGGGUACAAUGAAGGUCGGGACCCGGACUUGGGACCUUCAGCGUGAGGGGUUCGAUUUUCUGGAGAGCUUGAUAGAGUGA